AACAGAAAAACGACUAAAGUAGUUUGCUGCACGUGUUUUUCGUACUCCAACGCUUCUAUUGUAUGUCGUUGGUGACUGAUCCGACCAGUCGAGACAUUCUGACUAGCUCAGUUUGUAGAGAAUUUCAAGGGCUACCGAACAGUAGAGAAGUGUUCGGUUACAUAUAGGGAAGUGUAUAGUUUUUCGUUUUGGCAGAAAAUAUUGACUGAAAGAGUGCUCUACUGGUGUUUUCGGUACUCGAACGUUUCUUUUGCAUGUCUGCGGUGACUGACUCAACCAGUCAAGACCAUCUGACUAGCUCAGUUUGUAGAGAAUUUCAAGAGCUAUCGAUUCAUGUGUUUUGUUAGUCUCCGUGGAUGUAAGAAGGAUGAAAGAAGCAGCGUUUACUCAUCAUGUAGCGCUGGUUUGGACGUUGCCGACGUGAAUGAUAUUUUGUCGAGAAACUAGCAGGGUUUUAGUAGUAAGUACUAAAACCCUGUAGUUUUAGUAGUAAGUACUACUCGCUCAUUUUUCUUGCAUUGUUUUGCAUCAAGAAAAGAGCGGUGGAUAAGGGGCUUUUAGAUUUUCUAUGGUAUGGUAUCGCAUUAUAUUUAUUUACAGGUAUACAAUCAACUACAAUGUUUAAUUAUUGCGCGAAGUGUCGAUGGUGGUUUAGGAAAUCGUAUGUUUUUGUUCGCAAGCGCCUAUGGUCUCGCUCGGCUACAUCAAUGUCAUUUAUAUAUUGAACCUUGGAUAUUGUUCGAUUUGAGUGGAACAUUUGAGCCGAUUCAUUUACCAAAUUUGGUGAACAAAACAGUCUACGAAAAUUUAAAUAAGUCAUUGAUAACUGCGCGAUGUCUUUUUUCUUAUUAUAAGGCUGAUGCUGUUCGUAUGAUUGCUCCGUUUCUCAAAUGGCAUUUAGCACUUCGUCAAACCUGUGUUUAUCGUUACAACUGUUCAUUGAACGAUAUAGAAAAGAUGUAUAGUAUUUUAAAAACACAGUUUCCAUCCGACUUAAAUGUUACCUUUAGUCAACUCAAACAAAGUUUUCAUAGUAGUGACUAUACGUGGAUUGGUAUUCAUAUUCGCCGUGGUGACUUUCUAACAUUUUUCAAAGUUUCAUCUUCAGUGGAAUAUCUCACCUCAUCUAUGAAUUACUAUCGUCUUAAGUAUCCUCGCAGUGUAUUUAUCAUAGCUAGCGAUGAUAAAGAUUGGUGUCUGAAACACUUCGGCAAGAGAACCGAUGUAAUUGUAACACCCAAAACAUAUUUUCACGGUCAUGAUAUGGCUGCUUUGGCCCUCUGCGAGCAUUUAAUAGCGACAGCUGGUAGCUAUGGUUGGUGGGCUGGUUUUUUAGCUGGGGGAGAUGUGGUACACGAUUUGAGUUAUCCUGUACGCUGGCAAGAUUGUUCCAGACAAACAUAUUUUCCUCCUUGGUUCAUAUUUCCUCCGAAUAUCACUCAGUUACAAAAUUAUUCAUCAUCUACCGAAAUGACUGUAACACCCCAACUAACUCGCGGUACUCUCUAG